AUUAUAUACAUCUGCAAUUAACUCUGAUACAAUUUUCAGAUUGUAGAUCUAAUUAUAUCUGUUUAGUUUACUCAUUCUUUAUUGAUUUUGUUGGGCAAUUAAUCAAUCAUUUAUCAAACAAGACUGCUUUUAUAAACAAGAAUAAUCACAUCCAGAUAAGGGAUUGCUCAAAAUGAGAUUGGAAUCAAGAGAUUAAAAUACAGUUAAACAACUAAAGUUGAGUUAAUAUAAAAACAAAAGCAAACGUUGAGCCCUUUUUAUUUUCUACUGACAGAUGUGGGAAGUAACUAAGUCAAUUUACUCAAGUACUGUAAUUUAGUACAAUUUUGAGAUACUUACACUUCACUUAUGUAUUUCCAUUUUAUGUUACUUUGUACUUCUACUCCACUGCAAUUCAGAGGUCAAUCGUGUACUUUUAAUCUAAUACAUUUAUUAAAUACCUUUAGUUACUUUGCAGAUUUGGAUAAAUAAAGUGAAAUAUAAUGAACCCUUAAAUCAGACUUUAGUUCAGCUGGAGUAAAUGCAGCAGCUACCCUGCAGUAUACAAAGCCAUUAAAACUAGCUGCACCUUUACCAGCUCUGAGAACACUUUAAUGAUCAGUAAUUAUAAAACAUAUCAGAGAUAUUAUUCUGAAAUGGACCAAUCUGCAUACUAAGUACUUUUACUUUUGGUACUAUAAGUAUGUUCUGAUGCAAAUACUUUUAUUUGAGUUGCCUUUUCAAUGCAGGACUUUUACUUGUAACAGAGUAUUCCUGCACUGUGGUACUUCUACUCAAGUACAAGAUCUGAGUACUUUUCCCACCUCUGACUCAGGUGUCUUUGAGCAGGUAAUUGUUGGUGAAUAGAGUUACCACUGCUGUUAUAAACAAGAAUAAUCACAUCCAGAUAAGGGAUUCCACAAGAUAAGAUUAGAAUGAAAAGAUUCAAAUACUGUUCAAAAGUGUAACACCUUCAGUCGAGUUAAUAUAAAAUCUAAGGAAUACUUUGAGCCCUUUUUGUUAUCUAUCAACUAAAUUCUUCAGUUGCCGUUGUCUGCCCGUUACAUCUACAGUGUGUUCCCAAUCCUCUCUCCAAUAUGACCAUGAUGGACGAGGAACAUAAAGUCCUGAAAAUGAAACGGGAAAUUGGGCUGAUUGGUGGUGUAUCUCUAAUAUCAGGAACUAUGAUCGGAUCUGGUAUAUUCAUGUCCCCUCAGUUUGUACUUGGCUACGUUGGAAGCCCUGGAGCAAGUCUGGUGAUCUGGGCUCUCUCUGGAGUUGUAGCUAUGUUUGCAGCACUGUCCUAUGCAGAGCUUGGGACAGUGAUCCGGGAAUCUGGUGGGGAAUUCAUCUACAUACUGAGGAUCUAUGGUUCAUGCCCUGCUUUCUUUGCAGCAGUCACUUUUGUCGUGGUUGUGAAGCCAUCUGGCAUUGCUGCAAUGGCGAUUAGCAUUGCAGAAUAUGCACUAGCACCUUUUUAUAUGGGCUGCCAACCUCCUGAUCUGGUUGUGAAGUGUGCUGCAGCUGUGGCUAUACUUAUCGUCGCCAUAAUCAACACCUUGAAUUCCCGGAUUGCCGUCAGAAUCCAAGUGGUGUUCUUGGUUGCCAAAGUGCUGGUAUUGACAUUGAUCGUUAUCGGAAGAAUAGUGAAGCUCAUACAAAGCAACAGUGUCAUUGUAGAAAAUUUGAAAGUUGAGAAUGCAUUUAAAGGCACUAAGUACUCUUUGGGCACUCUGGGAAUGGCUGUUUAUCAAGGACUCUGGUCUUAUGCUGGCUGGUACAACUUGAACUAUGUCACUGAGGAGUUAAAAAGACCUGAGGUGAAUCUCCCCAGAGCGGUUGUGAUAGCCAUUUCUCUGGUGACUGGCUUAUACCUGCUGGUGAAUGUGAGCUACUUGACCGUAAUGACGCCAAAAGAGCUCAUGUCCUCAAGCGCUGUAGCAGUAACCUGGGGGAACAAGGUGUUAGGAAGCUGGGGCUGGAUCAUGUCUGUGGCCGCAGCGUUGUCUGCUUUCGGCUCACUGAAUGGGACGUUCUUUAGUGGGGGCCGUGUGUGCUUUGUUGCUGCCAGGGAAGGUCACCUGCCAGAUAUCCUAGCUAUGGCUCACGUCCGCAGACUGACUCCAUCUCCAGCACUGAUCUUUACCACCGUGGUCUCUCUUCUGGUGCUGAUCCCCGGAGACUUCCAGAACAUUGUCAACUUCUUCAGUUUCACUGCCUGGUUUUUCUAUGGCAUCACCCUUUCUGGACUUGUCUAUCUGAAGAUUAAGAAGCCGGAGCUCCCCAGGCCAUACAAGGUUCCCAUUAUAAUCCCCAUCCUGGUCAUCAUUGUGGCAAUAUUCCUUGUUCUCGCACCAAUCAUAGACAACCCUCAGAUAGAAUACCUCUAUGUGUCUUUAUUUAUCCUCAGUGGAGCUAUAGUGUACAUUCCCUUCAUCCAUUACAAGCUCUGCCCAGGGCUGCUGACCAAGCUCACAGUGUUUCUGCAGCUCUUCUUGGAGGUGGCCCCGGCAGAGAAAAACCUGUGAUAUUGGCGGAAAAAUACAGAAGAAAAAGCUGCUUUUCCAGUUUUGUCACUUGUGCCUUUUUUUUUAGCUGUUUUUUGCAUUUUUUAGCGACUUAUCUCAUUCUCAUCUUUGACUUUAAGCACUCAGAUAUGUUUUGUGUUUUUGCACAGCUGCAUUUAGCUGAUGCGAGCACAAAAUAUGAGUCGCUGGACAGCUUAUGUACCUAAACACCUGAGAAUUCCUGUGUUUAUUUUCAUUUUAGUUUGUUAUAAAUCUUAAUUUGCAAAAGUGUCCAGAUCAGAAUGUUUUUUAAAUGGAAUAAGCAGUGUUCUAUAACAGUUUUGACCUUUAUUGGGUUUUCUUGAAAGAGACAUUAACUGGUUACUGUUUAAAAGAACUAUAUGUACUAUGAUUGUAAUAAAACUAUGAAGUAGAAA